AUGCUGUGUGGCCGCUGGAGGAGCCGCCGGCGCCAGGAGUCUCCGGUGCCGGCCCAGGUCGCAGCGUCGGUCGCGCUCCCGCCCCCAUCCGCACUCCAAGACGGUGGCACCAAGAGGCCCAGGCUGCGGGCGCUGAAAAAGAUGGGCUUGACCGAGGAUGAGGACGUGCGUGCCAUGCUGCGAGGCUCCCGGCUCUGCAAGAUCCGCUCGCGGACGUGGCAGAAGGAGCGGCUGUACCGGCUGCAGGAGGACGGCCUGAGUGUGUGGUUCCAGCGGCGCAUCCCGCACCCACCGUCGCAGCACAUCUUCUUUGUGCAGCACAUUGAGGCCGUCCGCGAGGGCCACCAGUCCGAGGGCCUGCGGCGCUUCGGGGGAGCCUUCGCACCGGCGCGCUGCCUCACCGUCACCUUCAAGGGCCGCCGAAAGAACCUGGACCUGGUGGCGCCCACGGCCGAGGAGGCGCAGCGCUGGGUGCGCGGCUUGGCCAAGCUGCGAGCGCGCCUGGACGCCAUGAGCCAGCGCGAGCGCCUCGAUCACUGGAUUCACUCCUAUCUGCACCGGGCAGACUCCAACCAGGACAGCAAGAUGAGUUUCAAGGAGAUCAAGAGCCUGCUCAGAAUGGUCAACGUGGACAUGAAUGACAUGUACGCCUACCGCCUCUUCAAGGAGUGUGACCGCUCCAACAAUGAGCGGCUGGAGGGGACUGAGAUUGAGGAGUUUCUGCGGCGACUGCUGAAACGCCCCGAGUUGGAGGAGAUCUUCCAUCGGUACUCAGGCGAGGACCGCGUGCUGAGCGCCCCUGAGCUGCUGGAGUUCCUGGAGGACCAGGGCGAGGACGGCGCCACGCUGGCCCAUGCCCAGCAGCUCAUCCAGACCUAUGAGCUCAAUGAGACAGCCAAGCAGCACGAGCUAAUGACGCUGGACGGUUUCAUGAUGUAUCUGUUGUCCCCCGAGGGGGAUGCCCUGGACCCGGCCCACACGUGCAUGUUCCAGGACAUGGACCAGCCCCUUGCCCACUACUUUAUCUCCUCCUCCCACAAUACCUAUUUGACUGACUCCCAGAUUGGGGGGCUCAGCAGCACGGAGGCCUAUGUCAGGGCCUUUGCCCAGGGAUGCCGCUGCGUGGAGCUGGACUGCUGGGAGGGGCCGGGAGGGGAGCCCGUCAUCUACCAUGGCCACACGCUCACCUCCAAGAUCCUCUUCCGAGACGUGGUGCAGACUGUGCGUGAUCACGCCUUCACGCUGUCCCCAUACCCUGUCAUCCUGUCCCUUGAGAACCACUGUGGGCUGGAGCAGCAGGCUGUCAUGGCCCGCCACCUCCGCACCAUCCUGGGGGACAUGCUGGUGACGCAGGCACUGGACUCCCAGAACCCAGAAGAGCUGCCAUCCCCAGAGCAGCUGAAGGGCCGGGUCCUGGUGAAGGGGAAGAAGCUGCCAGCUGCUUGGAACGAGGAUGGUCGAAUUCUGUCGGACCGAGAGGAGGAUGACGAAGAGGAGGAGGAAGAAGAAGGGGUGCAGGCUGAAGAGCAGAAGCGGCAGGCCAAGCAGAUCUCCCCGGAACUGUCCGCCUUGGUCGUGUACUGCUGUGCCACUCGCCUUCGGACCCUGCGCCCUGCCCCUGUCCCACCCCAGCCCUGCCAGAUGAGCUCCCUCAGUGAGCGCAAGGCCAAGAAGCUCAUUCGAGAGGCAGGGAACAGCUUCGUCAGGCACAAUGCCCGCCAACUGAUCCGUGUCUACCCAUCGGGGCUCCGGAUGAACUCGGCCAACUACAGCCCCCAGGAGAUGUGGAACUCGGGCUGUCAGCUGGUGGCCCUGAACUUCCAGACGCCAGGCUAUGAGAUGGACCUCAACGCUGGGCGCUUCCUCAUCAACGGGCGGUGCGGCUACGUCCUGAAACCUGCCUGCCUUCGGCAGCCUGACACAACCUUUGACCCUGAGUGCCCUGGACCCCCCAGAACUACUCUCACUAUCCAGGUGCUGACUGCACAGCAGCUGCCCAAGCUGAAUGCCGAGAAGCCCAACUCCAUCGUGGACCCCCUGGUGCGCGUUGAGAUCCAUGGGGUGCCCAUGGACUGUGCUCGAAAGGAGACCAACUACGUGCUCAACAACGGCUUCAACCCCCGCUGGGGGCAGACCCUGCAGUUCCAGUUACGGGCUCCAGAGCUGGCGCUGACCCGGUUCAUGGUAGAAGAUUAUGACACCACAUCCCCCAAUGACUUUGUGGGCCAGUUCACGCUGCCUUUCAACAGCCUGAAGCAAGGGUACCGCCACAUCCACCUGCUUUCCAAGGACGGGGCCUCCCUGUCACCAGCCACACUCUUUGUCCACAUCCGAAUCCAGCACUCCUGAGGGCCCAACUGACCCACACGGGUUCUGUGGAUACCGUCUGCAUGCCGCGGCAGAGGCCCAACCUCGA